CGGCAUACCCAGCCGCCUGGCUCCGCCACUGCUUGGGGGCGGGCUGCGGGCGGCCGGCGGCCAGCGGCCAGCGAGCGGCGGCCGGGCAGCAGGUUCCGGGCAGCGCUGCUACGAGCCAGGACUGCUACGAGCUGCUACUGCUAGGUGCUAGCGGCUGGUGGCGCCCGCACAUCGCCCAGGACCGGGAGCACGCGGGUGCGGGCGGCGGCCGGCGGCGUGCCGGCGUCAGGACUGGGCGGCGUCUCCGCGCCUGCGGAGGGCACUGCCGCACGGAGGCUGGAGGCGGAGCGCGUGCCGCGGCCUGCGAUCUGCGACUGCAAGAUCCUAGAUUCGCCAGUGCGAGGGGUUUAGGUUCUGGUGCGUCGGGAUCCAGGGACUGGAUGGCGGCGGCAACGGAGGAUCUGCGGCUCGUGGAAUCCCCCCCUGGGGUGGAAAGCGCGGGAGAGAUCGACGGCACUAUGGGGGAGCACGGGCGGCCGCGAGGCGACGACGACGAGGAGAUCCUGCAAUUCAUGGACUCGGUGGACGGCUACCUCGUCCUCAUGGACUCCCUCUCCUCCGCUCUUCGUCAGGGGUGGCUCGAUAUGGCAAGUGCUCGCCAUUCUAUGGGCCCAUCACGUGUUUCAAGUACACUGUUUGAUCAUAAAGAACAGUCUGCUGCCACUAAGCUGCAAGUUGUUGAUCAUUCUGGCCUGGAACCAUCAGAGUCGAAACCACACUUUGCCCUAUCGAAGUUGUCUUUGCAAGAAGAAUGUAACUCCACCUAUGAUGUCACUGAGCAAGCUAGUACUGAGCCAAAGUUGAGGCAUCGAGGAUCAGCUACUACCCCGGAUGGAAACCAUGAAAGGGAUGCAACCACAUCAGAUUCAUCUACUGGUGCUGACACUAGCAGUCAUGUACGAAAAGCGAGAUCAAAAGCACUAUCAGUCUUUGGAGCAUUGGUUUCUCCAAAACUGCGAACAGCCCAAAUUUCAUUUGAAACAGCGCUUGAAUUGAUUGUAGAGCUGGCGAAUUCAAGGUCGAAUAUGCUUGCAAGUUUCUCCCAGUUAAAAGAGUAAAGCUUUGUUUUUGAUUUGAGGUUUUGUACACUGGACAACAUCAAUAAUCAUGGGAUUCGAGCAACUGUAAACUCAAAAUCUGGAAUGCAGUAUAUUUUCCAGGCAGCAUGAAUAUUUGUUGUGUA